GGACGAUUCGAAUUGCACUACAAUAAAGAAAGAAUCGGUAGAAUCGCAACAAGGCGUGAGGCCCCUGAGAGUAUGCCCAUAGUCGCCACCAUUUCUCUACUUCUUCGUCAGCGUCAAAUUCUUUUCCUUGUCAGCACACUGGUUUGUGUUACCCAGGUUGCCGGAGUCAAUGUAUUCCUUCCGCCGCAUGCCACGCGCAAAGCGUCUUCCAUCGAGGCACGCAUUUCUCGAUCUCAUUCUCGUUUCUCCUGCUGCGGAUCGUCUGGAAGAUUAAAUGUGCUGAAUCAGACGAGAAUAAAUUUCAGUAGCGAUUGCACGAUCGUAGCGGAUGUAUUGGUAGGUGUGACGCAGGGGAAGGAUCUGAGAGAGGUGCGCAAGGCCCAAAACAGCAGCAUCUUCGACCUGAAAAUGAAUCGUGACUCAUGGUCGCAAGGACACACGGAAACCACUUACGGCCAUUGCAGACACUUGAGCACGUUGUGGCUUACCAGUCGGAUGAGUUGGAUGCCACUAAACGAACAUCAGCAGACCUAUAAUGUGCGGUUGCUGAAAGGCACUUACUGGGACUCCUAGCCAGUAAACUCAGCCCUCAUCUUGUCUGUGCUGCCCUUUGCAGUCUAUGAUUCCUCACCGCCGUCGUCAAGACGCACCAUCACGAGAUUAUACUCUCUUUCAGAAGAAUCAAACUCAUACAAUACUUACUAUACGCCUUGAUAUGGCGGCGUGGACCCAACCAUCCUACCAUUUCAGAUUUCUCAACCAAGAGCCGCAGGUCCAGGUCUUGUAGAGGUUUUU